AUGGCUAAGUAUUUGUGUAUUUGUAUGUCAGAAUAUGGAGGCGAGAGCAGAGUGCUGAACUACUCUAACUCAAGAUCCGACGCGUACGAAUUCACGGGCGAUGUACGCCUGGAGGGAAGCUCAGCCACCGUUUUCAUCGGUUCAAUGGACAACCCGAACAUCCCCCACACAAUCAAACCAUACGCUCGAAAAGGCUUCACGCUUGCCAUGUAUUCCGUCUCCGCUUUCCAAAUAAAGGCAGUGCCGCCCGAAAAACUCCCCCAUUGUACAAAAACCCUAGACGCCCCGGCCAUCCUCUUCUCCACCGCUAGAAUAGCCCUAAACUACUUCCACAGCGUGAGCGACGUGAUGGUCCCGCUCUUUGCCACGUCCCAACGCUUCAACCGCAACGUUAUCUUCCUCGUCACCAACCACAAUGCUUCUUGCGUCACUUCCGUGCAUAGAAAAACCAUAGAAACUCUCUCCAAAUACGAGGUGGUCGACAUCGAUAGAGACAAGAAUCGAACUCUUUGCUUCACAAAUUUGAUUGUGGGACUCAAAGCUCAUCCAUCCGACCUUUCCAUUGAUCCCUCCCCGUUGUCGAGCCUUUCCACCCGAAACCUCACCAGGCUUUUACGCACCACCUACUCCUUGAAGAGAGACUUAGUGGGCGACCAUAUUCGGCCCCGGAUGCUCAUUGUUUCUAGAACGAAAAAUCGUAAGCUGAUGAAUGAGCUCGAGCUGCUCAAGCUAGCACGGAUGCUUGGCUUCGAUCCCGCUAUACAUGAUUUAGGAGAUCAUGUUGAGUACUCUGCCAAAAUCGUUAACACAUUCGACAUCAUGGUCGCAGUUCAUGGAUCUGCUCUCACAAACAUGCUCUUUCUACCUGAAAAUGCUGGUAGGGUCCUGUUAAGUUGA